AUGGCACUAACAGACCAUCCCAAGGCCUAUGGCACCGCUGCCUUGGCUGUAGCCUUCACUGCAGGCAUCCUCGUCACUCUCGGCUUCAAGGAUCUCUACCCGGACCUAGAGGGCCGAUACCAGCGCAAAAAAAGCUACCCUCGACUAACUGGACAUGAUGGCAAUGAGAGAAGGCGCAGCAGCUUCUUCUGGGGUGCUCCAGUCGAGCUUGAGGAUCACGAACCGGAUCCCAGAAGUCCUGUCAAUGGCGAUGGUAUCGAAUCUUGCAUUGGAAACACCCCUUUGAUCAAGAUUCACUCUCUAUCGGAAGCUACAGGCCGCACUAUCUUAGCCAAGGCCGAAUUUCUCAACGGUGCGGGCAACAGCCCCAAGGACCGUGUGGCCUUGAACAUGAUCAAAGAGGCCGAAAUAAACGGCCUGCUCGUCCCACACCGCGGAGACACAAUCUACGAGGGCACUGUUGGUAGCACGGGCAUCUCCCUUGCGACCCUGGCUCGCGCCAAGGGGUACAGGGCACAUAUUUGCAUGCCUGAUGACCAGGCCUUCGAAAAAUCGGAUCUGCUUCAUCACCUAGGCGCCACUGUCGAGCGUGUCAUUGUUGCGCCGAUCACAAGCCCUGAUCACUUUGUCAAUCUUGCCCAACGCCGGGCCAUUGAGCACGAGAAAGUUCACCAGGAUGGCAGCAAAGGCUUCUUCGCCAACCAGUUCGAAUCCGAGGCAAACUGGCGGGCUCACUUUGAGACGACAGGUCCUGAGAUUCAGGAGCAGACAGGGGGCCGGCUCGAUGCUUUUGUAGCGGGUGCCGGAACUGGCGGUACCAUCUCGGGCGUGGCCAAGUAUCUCAAAGAGGAGGCCAAGAUCCCCAAUGUUAAAAUCGUCCUGGCGGACCCUCAAGGCAGUGGCUUGUAUAACAAAAUCAAAUACGGAGUGAUGUAUUCGCCAACAGAAAAGGAGGGGUCCAGACGCAGGCAGCAAGUCGACUCUAUGGUGGAAGGAGUUGGAAUCAAUCGCAUCACAGAGAACUUUGAAGCCGGAAGGGACUUGAUUGAUGACGCCGUCAAGGUCACCGAUGAGCAAGCCAGCAAGAUGGCACGAUGGCUCGUCGAGCACGAUGGCAUCUUCGUGGGUAGCAGCUCCUCAGUAAACUGCGUGGCAGCAGUGGUAGCAGCCACUUCUUUGCCCCCUGGAAGCAAAGUUGUCACAUUUCUGUGUGAUUCGGGGACGAGACAUCUCAGCAAAUUCUGGAAGCAUAUCAAAGAGAUGGGUUUGGAGGAACAAGAAGCAACAGAUCUAUAUUCAGAGCUUGGAAUAGCGUCACCAAGCAAAUAA